GCUGGCCCAAAGCAUCCCCUUUCCACUCAGGAAUGGGUGACAUCAGUUGCAAGGGGAUGACCGAGCGCAUUCACAGCAUCAACCUUCACAACUUCAGCAAUUCCGUGCUCGAGACCCUCAACGAGCAGCGCAACCGUGGCCACUUCUGUGACGUGACGGUGCGCAUCCACGGGAGCAUGCUGCGCGCACACCGCUGCGUGCUGGCUGCCGGCAGCCCCUUCUUCCAGGACAAGCUGCUGCUGGGCUACAGCGACAUCGAGAUCCCGUCCGUGGUGUCGGUGCAGUCGGUGCAAAAGCUCAUUGACUUCAUGUACAGCGGCGUGCUGCGCGUCUCGCAGUCGGAAGCCCUGCAGAUCCUCACGGCCGCCAGCAUCCUGCAGAUCAAAACAGUCAUCGACGAGUGCACGCGCAUCGUGUCCCAGAAUGUGGGCGAUGUGUUCCCGGGGAUCCAGGACUCGGGCCAGGACACACCGCGGGGCACGCCUGAGUCAGGCACAUCGGGUCAGAGCAGCGACACGGAGUCCGGCUACCUGCAGAGCCACUCUCAGCACAGCGUGGACAGGAUCUACUCGGCGCUCUACGCGUGCUCCAUGCAGAACGGCAGCGGCGAGCGCUCCUUCUACAGCGGCGCGGUGGUCAGCCACCACGAGACCGCGCUCGGCCUGCCCCGCGACCACCACAUGGAAGACCCCAGCUGGAUCACGCGCAUCCAUGAGCGCUCGCAGCAGAUGGAGCGCUACCUGUCCACCACCCCAGAGACCACGCACUGCCGCAAGCAGCCCCGGCCUGUGCGCAUCCAGACCCUGGUCGGCAAUAUCCACAUCAAGCAGGAGAUGGAGGACGAUUACGACUACUAUGGGCAGCAAAGGGUGCAGAUUCUGGAGCGCAAUGAAUCCGAGGAGUGCACGGAAGACACCGACCAGGCCGAGGGCACCGAGAGUGAGCCCAAGGGUGAAAGCUUCGACUCGGGCGUCAGCUCCUCCAUAGGCACCGAGCCCGACUCCGUGGAGCAGCAGUUCGGGCCUGGGGUAGCGCGGGAAGGCCAGGCUGAGCCCGCCCAACCUGAGCAGGCUUCGGAAGCCCCUGCAGAAGGUGGUGCGCAGCCACACCAGCUAGAGACAGGCGCCUCCUCUCCAGAAAGAAGCAAUGAGGCGGAGAUGGACAACACGGUCAUCACUGUUAGCAACAGCUCCGACAAGAGCGUCCUGCAGCAGCCUUCGGUCAACACGUCCAUCGGGCAGCCAUUGCCAGGUACCCAGCUCUACUUACGCCAGACAGAAACCCUCACCAGCAACUUGAGGAUGCCUCUGACCUUGACCAGCAACACACAGGUCAUUGGCACAGCCGGCAACACCUACCUGCCGGCCCUCUUCACUACCCAGCCCGCAGGCAGCGGCCCCAAGCCUUUCCUCUUCAGCCUGCCACAACCCCUGACAGGUCAGCAGACCCAGUUUGUGACAGUGUCCCAGCCCGGCCUGUCCACCUUUACUGCACAGCUGCCAGCGCCACAGCCCCUGGCCCCAUCUGCAGGCCACAGCACAGCCAGUGGGCAGGGCGAAAAAAAGCCUUACGAGUGCACUCUCUGCAACAAGACUUUCACCGCCAAACAGAACUACGUCAAGCACAUGUUUGUCCACACAGGUGAGAAGCCCCACCAAUGCAGCAUCUGUUGGCGCUCCUUCUCCUUAAAGGAUUACCUUAUCAAGCACAUGGUGACACACACAGGAGUGAGGGCAUACCAGUGCAGCAUCUGCAACAAGCGCUUCACCCAGAAGAGCUCGCUCAAUGUGCACAUGCGCCUCCACCGGGGGGAGAAGUCCUAUGAGUGCUACAUCUGCAAAAAGAAGUUCUCCCACAAGACCCUCCUGGAGCGACACGUGGCCCUGCACAGUGCCAGUAACGGGACCCCUCCCACGGGCACGGCCCCGGGAGCCCGCGCUGGCCCCCCAGGUGUGGUGGCCUGCACGGAGGGGACCACUUACGUCUGCUCCGUCUGUCCAGCAAAGUUUGACCAAAUCGAGCAGUUCAACGACCACAUGAGGAUGCAUGUGUCUGACGGAUAAGUAAUAUCUUUCUCUUUCUUAUGAACAAAACAACAAAAAAACAAACAACAACAAAAAAAGCUA